AUGUCUUCAAUGGAGAGCCUAGCACAGUUAGAGGUGUUGUGCGAAAAGCUUUACAACUCUAGAGACUCGGCUGAGAGAGCACAUGCAGAAAGUACGCUCAAGUGCUUCUCAGAGAACAGAGACUACAUUUCGCAGUGCCAAUAUAUAUUGGACAAUGCGUCAACUCCAUAUGCCUUGAUGUUGGCCAGUACAAGCUUGGUGAAGCAAGUGUCAGAUCGCAGUCUUUCUCUACAAUUGCGCCUUGAUAUCCGGAAUUAUGUCAUGAACUACCUUGCGGCAAGAGGACCUAAAUUGCAGAACUUUGUGACUAUUUCCCUAAUUCAGCUUGCAUGUCGGAUAACAAAAUUUGGAUGGUUUGAUGACGACAGAUUCAGAGAGAUUUUUAAAGAAGCAACAGAUUUCUUAGCUCUGGCAUCUCAGGAUCACUAUUUAAUAGGAUUGAAGAUACUAAAUUUUCUCGUAAUGGAAAUGAACCAGGCAAACUCUGCAAUGCCUUUGACACUUCACAGAAAAAUUGCAACUUCAUUCAAGGACCAGUUUCUUCUGCAGAUUUUCCAAAUUUCUCUUACCUCAUUACACCAACUGAAAAGUGAAGUACCAGAUGAGCUAAGGCGUGUUCCUAUUUCGCUUGCAUUGAGGUGCUUGUCAUUUGACUUUGUUGGUUCUCCAGUGGAUGAGAGCUCUGAAGAAUUUGGAACAGUGCAGCUUCCUGCAUCCUGGAGGCCUCUCCUUCAAGAUCCUUCCACUGUUCAGAUCUUUUUUGACUACUACAAAGUCAAUGAUACAUCUGUUUCAAAAGAGGCUUUGGAAUGUCUUGUCAGACUUGCUUCUGUCAGGCGAAGUCUUUUUGUGGAAGACCCUGCCAGGUCCCAGUUUCUCUCACAUCUGAUGUCAGGCACCAGGGAGAUACUCCAAACAGGCCAAGGUCUCGCUGAUCAUGGAAAUUACCAUGAGUUCUGCCGUCUUCUGGGACGUUUUAAAGUGAAUUACCAGUUAUCAGAGCUUCUGAAUGUUGAGUUCUAUGGUGAAUGGCUUGGUCUCGUAGCAGAAUUUACAACUAAAUCGUUGCUAUCAUGGCAGUGGGCCAGUAAUAGCGUCUACUAUCUUUUAAGUCUCUGGUCAAGGCUGGUGACAUCUGUGCCUUACUUGAAAGGCGAUACACCAAGUCUGCUUGAUGAAACUGUACCCAAAAUUACGGAGGGUUUUAUCACUUCUAGAAUUAAUUCUGUCCAGGCCAGCUUUGCGGACAACUCACCAGACCCAGAUAAUCCAUUAGAAAAUGCGGAAAGUCUCCAGGAUCAGCUGGAGAGUCUUCCUUAUCUUUGUAGAUUCAAGUAUGAAAGCUGUAGCCUCUUCAUCAUUAAUAUCAUGGAGCCUCUUCUACAAGCUUAUACGGCAAGGUCAAGAUUACCAGCUUCUGGAGAUGCAGCUGAGCUGUCUGUCAUUGAAGGGCAAAUUGCAUGGAUGGUCCACAUAAUUGCAGCUAUUCUCAAGAUUAGGCAGACUGUGGGUUGCAGCCAAGAUUCACAGGAGUUAUUCGAUGCGGAACUUGCGGCUCGUGUGUUACAGUUGAUAAAUAUUACUGACACAGGGGUGCACGCACAGAGAUAUCAAGAAAUAAGUAAGCAAAGGCUUGAUCGAGCUAUUCUCAUCUUUGUUCAAAAUUUCAGAAGGUCAUAUGUAGGGGACCAAGCCAUGCAUGCUUCAAAGUUGUAUGCAAGAUUGUCUGAACUUCUUGGACUGACUGACCAUUUAGUUUUACUCAACGUCAUUGUUGGGAAAAUAGCUACAAAUCUGAAGUGCUAUGCUGAGUGCGAAGAUGUUAUUGAUCAUACUCUGUCACUGUUCCUGGAGCUUGCAUCUGGCUAUAUGACUGGAAAGCUUAUUCUCAAGCUGGAGAGUACAAAGUUCAUUAUUGCAAAUCAUUCUCGGGAAAAUUUUCCGUUUCUUGAAGAAUACAGAUGUGUCCGCAGUAGAACUAACUUCUACUACAUCCUGGGCUGCUUGGUCUUCAUGGAGGAUGGCCCAGUAAAAUUCCGAAGUUUCAUGGAGCCACUUCUGCAGGUUGCAGUUAAUUUGGAGGCAAGUGCUGAUGCUGCUUUCCGGACUGAUGUUGUAAAGUACGCAUUUACUGGUUUGAUGAGAGAUCUACGAGGCAUUGCUAUGGCCACAAACAGCCGCAGGACUUACGGCCUCCUAUUUGACUGGUUGUAUCCGUCUCGCAUGCCUCUUCUGUUGAGAGCCAUCUCCCUGCUGACUGAUGAACCAGAGGUCACCACACCCUUACUUAAGUUCAUGUCUGAAUUUGUUUUGAAUAAGGCUCAACGAUUGACAUUUGAUUCAUCAUCACCAAAUGGGAUCCUUCUGUUCCGGGAGAUUAGUAAGCUGAUUGUGGCUUAUGGUUCACGGAUUUUAUUGCUUCCAAAUGGCACUAAUAUUUAUAGAAGUAAAUACAAAGGCAUAUGGAUUUCAUUGACUGUUCUUUCAAGGGCCCUAUGUGGGAACUAUGUCAAUUUUGGUGUCUUCGAGCUUUAUGGUGACAGAGCACUUGCGGAUGCCCUUGAUAUAUCUUUAAAGAUGACUCUGUCAAUUCCGUUGUCUGACAUAUUGACACUUAAAAAGCUUUCAAAAGCAUACUAUGGAUAUAUGGAAGUUCUUUUCAACAACCAUAUCACUAUCAAUUCUGUCCUCAAUUUGGACACAAGCACAUUUGUGCAUAUUGUCACCUCGCUUGAAUCUGGCUUGAAAGGAUUAGAUACAGGAAUAUCAACACAGUGCGCUUCUGCCAUUGAUAGCUUGGCUGCUUUCUAUUUUAACAAUAUAACAGCUGGUGAUAAUCCACCAUCACCAGCUGCACUGAAUCUUGCUCGACAUAUUGGGGAGCUCCCCAGUUUAUUUCCUCAGAUACUGAAGUCACUUUUUGAAAUCAUUAUCUUCGAGGAUGCGGGUAACCAGUGGAGUCUCAGUAGACCAAUACUUAGUUUGAUAAUGAUCAGUGAACAGAUGUUUAGUGAUCUGAGAUCACAGGUAUUAGCAUCACAGUUAAUUCCGGAUGGAGGGAGUAUACUAGAGGCUGCAACUAGUCUAUUGAAGUUACCUUGUGAUAUCUUGAUUUCACAUGUAGUAAAGCAUAUCAAGUUGGUGAGGCCUUUAGAUCAGCAACAACGCCUCUCACAGUGUUUCGAUAAGCUCAUGACUGAUGUCACAAGGAGCUUGGAACCAAAGAACAGAGACAGAUUCACUCAAAAUCUCACAACAUUCAGACAUGAUUUCCGAGCGAAGUGA